AGCGCAACCUUCUAGUAAGUGCCGCUUUGCGAAAGUGGCAUUUAAAACAUUGAUCUACAGUAAAAUAAAAUAGGAAGUGUGCUUUCUCAUCUUAACGCAAUAUUGGACAUUAUUACAGUUCUUGAGUUACAUUAUCUGUUGUUUUUCAUCAUAGAAUUGUAGUACAAUUCUCAUUUUUGUUUUGUUUUGUUUUGUUUUGUUUUGUUUUUUUAGAAAGUAUCCCGUCUCCAAUAAGCGCUACUCCUUCCCCUUCUCGAGCUUCCAAAGAUAAAUUAGCGCCCCGGCUUUAAAUUGAAAAUUACGGUACAUGUUUCUCAGUUCUUCAGUUGUUACUGAGUUAGCUAAAAACUGGCUGGAUUGGGAAACUGGCAACUGCUCGGCCACGAAGUGUCGCGCGAAGGCUGGCGCUAAGUAAGGACAAGAUGGCCGGCGGCUAGCCAAUCUUUACCCCAUUAUGUUUCACUUCUUAAUUUCUGUCCAUCAAAGAAAGAUACCAUUUUCUUUCUUGCGCCACGUUAGAUGUUUCAAGUGUUUAAAGAAAACAAGGCUCAGCCUCUCGUCAUAUGCCAAGAAUAAAGAACCUGCAUGGAAAGAUGUGACACUUUACUAUUACAAUCGUCAAAAAUUCUUCCGCCUGGUUGGUCUGGCUUGUGCCAGCCAGUUUAUAUUUUGGGGAUGGAUGGCCUAUAUCCUGAUUAGUCUGAAACAAGAGAGAAGCCAGAAGAAGAUUCUUGAUGUGUCAUCAUCAUCAUCGAACCCUGGUGUUUCAUGGAAAAUUGCCAGAUUUGUAAUGGACAGUCCUGUUAUGCUGGCUUCUUUUGCUGUAGGUGUCGGGCUGGUUUUCACUACAUCAGGAUUUAUUUAUAGUCUCAGGAGUGUAAAUCGUCUGGUCCUUCAGGGAAAUAACCUACGAGUGGUGACACAUACUCCUCUGGGUGGUACAAGGUCAGUGACUGUCCCCAUCUCAGAUGUGUCCUGUACAGGGUCUAGAAUAGGUGCAAAGCCUCAGGUGCCACUGAAGUUGAAGGGACACCGUUUCUUUUUCCUUUUGGAUAAAGAAGGAGAGUUUGUACAACCCACCCUGUUUGACAAGACUGUUGGGAUAAAGAGAUUCUAAAAGAUGGCACACAGCAUGGGAGACAUGUCUUUAAGCAGAAGUGGAGGAGAAUGGUGACUGGUAGCAGCUUUGUUCAGUCCCUGUAAUCAAGUAACUUUGAUCAAGCAGAAGUCUCUGAGAAACUACUGAACCUUGUGUUUUUCUAUCCUCUUUGGGCUUGUAACGCAAUCCACAGGGGGAAGAUUGCGUGAGAAGCCCAAAGAACGUCUGCCCAAGAGGCUAGUGGUUCUCAUCACAAUAAGCAAUUCCAUGUAUCCUCAUUAACAACAACAACAACAACAACAACAACAACAACAACAACAACAACAACAACAGUAACAACAACAACAACAGCAGUCCCAUGUACUCUGUUUUGAAAAUGAAAUUUUGGAAUACCUGACGUUUCACAAGCAUUGGACCAAGAAUGUCUUGGUCCAAUGCUUAGGGUAAAAUUGAAAACUCUAAGUUCUUUGAUGCUGAUUUUAUUCCCAAGGAACAGUACUCGCUUCUGUGUUAUGAAGAAAGGCUAACGCUUUUAAAAAACGCUGAUACCUAACACGUCAAAGCAAACGCACAAACAUAUUUCCUUUGUGUUAAGAUAGCAUUAAAAACGCGCGUGCGAUGUCCCUUCUCGAACAGCAGCUGGUAAUCAAACCGUUCCAUAGUACACGGAAAAAAAAAUCACGAUGUAAAUUGUUCUACAUUUUAAUAAAAAUAUUAAGCUUUAAGAAUUUACUUUCUACCGUUGUUGUGAAUUUUACACAAACAUAGGGAUGUAAGUUAAAUAAUUAUUACAUAGUUUUUGCUUAACAUAGUUUCAUCCUGCAAGCUGGUUUGGUACAGUACAUUAAAUAACUUUUGUCUGGAAGUUCAAUAAAACUAUAUGUAUAUCCGUUGACAAGGUAUUAAAAAAUUACAUCACAACUUCCAGAUAAAAUUAUUACCUUAAAGUAACGAUUUUGUGACAAUUGUCUAACAUCAAUUUGUCUUUCACAAUAUUGACAUUCUCUCCUUGUUCUGCCUUAAGCAAAAGGGUUUCCUAGAGUACAAGAGUUCAUUAAAUUAUCAUCAUUUAAAAUGAAAUUUUGUACUUUUUUUCGUCAAUUUAGUUAAGUUCGAUUUUCACCGCCCUCCCAAGUCCGAUCUACGGGCUCCUUUCCCGAACAGUGACUGGUAAUCGAGCUUUCAGUUUAGUGUGAACGCAAUUCACUUUCUAUAUCUUAGCACUACAAAAAUGAACAAAGUUUGGAAGAAUUAUGAUCAGGUGUUUUCGCUGAAAACAGUUCUCUUUCGAUUGAAAAUAACUCAACAGCUAUUUCAUUGUACAGUAUUCACAUUGGUCUGACGUUGUAUAAGAGAUUUUAAACUUGCCCCACUUUACGUGAUUCAGGCAGCCUUCUCCAUUCAAUAUUUAUUUUUAGACCUCGAGCAGCCUUUCCUACGCUCGAUGGACAUGAAAAAACGACGUGUUGUUUGUUGUCUAAUUUAUUUCCGACAACUUUUUUCCGUUGUCUAUCCGACAGCUAGAACACUGAUAUAACAUAACGAGCUCUGAAAACUACACAAUUAUAUUGAAUUCAAUAAUUGAUAUUCUGUAGCUACUUUCGAUUUGUCUCGUCAUAUAUUCGUGUCCGUCGAGCUAGGACCACCUGUGUGUUCAAAUUGAUAUUUCAUGUUGUGCAAAAAAACGUAUAUUUGUGCCUUUACUAAGAACUAUUUCUAGCUAUUUCAGACUGUUGAAUAACAAUUCAGGAUUACAGCAAAAGUGUAAAGCUUCUGCAAUAAAUUAACGUCUCCAGAAA